GAGAGGAAGAAAAAAAACUUUGAAUGCGUCCGGGAGGAGGCAGAGAACAUCUGUGCGUGUGUCAGAGUGUGAGAGAAAGGGUUUUCCUCCCGUCUCGCACAGGUUGAAUACUUGCAGAGAACCAUUUCGUUCCCCUCACUCAACUCUUGACGGAAAAGUCAUCUUUUGCUGAACUGCGUGGCCUUCUCAUCGCCUGGCUGAAAUGAGGACCCUGGUCCUUGGCCUCCUCUCCCUGCUGGCCUGGCCUGGGGCCUGUGGACAGGUCCGACAGAAGCAGCGCCCGCGACCACUCUCUUCCAAAAGCCAGAGGGACCCUGGCCUACAGACCAACUCGCUGGAGAGCCAGUGCCAUGGCAAGCCCCUGGACUUUGUCUUCGUCAUUGACAGCUCGCGCAGCGUGCGUCCGGAGGACUACGAGAAGGUGAAGACCUUCAUCCUGAACGUGCUGAGCGGGCUGGAAGUGGGUGAGCACUCCACUCGCGUGGGCCUGCUGCAGUACGGGAGCGUGGUGCAGAACGAGUUCUCCCUCAACGCCUACCGCCGGAGAGCCGACGUGGAGCGUGCCAUCCGCAGCAUGGCGCACCUGGCCUCGGGCACCAUGACGGGACUGGCCCUGCGCUACACCACCGAGGAGGCCUUCUCCGAGGAGCAGGGCGCCCGGCCCAAGAGCAUGCAGGUGCCCCGCAUGGCCAUGGUGGUGACGGACGGGCGGCCGCAGGACAAGGUGGAGGAGGCGGCGGCCGAGGCGCGGCAGGCGGGCAUCGAGAUCUUCGCGGUGGGCGUGGGCAGGGUCGACAUGGCAACACUGAGGGCGAUUGGCAGUGAGCCCCACUUGGAGCAUGUCUUCCUGGUUGCAAAUUUCAGCCAGAUUGAGACUCUCACUACAGUGUUCCAUGACAAGCUCUGUGCGGAUCUGUGUUCGGGGGUGGACCACCAGUGCGAUCACAUCUGUGUCAGUGCGCCCACCUCCUACAUGUGCAAAUGCAGGAAGGGCUACAUCCUGAACCCUGAUGGCAAAACGUGCCGUGAGGAGGACAUGUGUGCCAUGGUUGAUCAUGGGUGCCAACACAUCUGUGCCAACCUGCCUGAGGGCUACGAAUGCAGAUGCCGCGAAGGAUACGAGCUCGACGAGGACGGGAAGACGUGUCGCAAAAUUGAUUUCUGUGACCUGGGGAACCAUGGCUGUGAACACGACUGCAUCAGUACCGCCGACUCCUACGCCUGCAGAUGCAAGAAGGGCUACAUCCUCAACCUGGACGGCAAAACAUGCAGCAAAAUUGACCAGUGUGCUCUGGGCGAUCACGGCUGUGAACAUGAGUGUGUGAACACAGAGGACUCUUUUGUGUGCCGCUGUCAUGAAGGCUACGCACUGAAACCUGAUGGUAAAACCUGCAAAAGAAUUGACCAGUGUGCUGUGGGCGAUCACGGCUGUGAACAUGAGUGUGUGAACACAGAGGACUCGUUUGUGUGCCGCUGUCAGAAAGGCUACACACUUAGACCUGAUGGCAAAACCUGCAAAAAAAUUGACCAGUGUGCUGUGGGCGAUCACGGCUGUGAACAUGAGUGUGUGAACACAGAGGACUCGUUUGUGUGCCGCUGUCAGAAAGGCUACACACUUAGACCUGAUGGCAAAACCUGCAAAAAAAUUGACCAGUGUGCUCUGGGCGAUCACGGCUGUGAACAUGAGUGUGUGAACACAGAGGACUCGUUUGUGUGCCGCUGUCAUAAAGGCUACACACUGAGACCUGAUGGCAAAACCUGUAAAGGUCUGGACAUCUGCCAGACUGUGGACCAUGGCUGCGAGCAUCAGUGUGUCGGCACCGCUGGCUCGGACUCUUACGUCUGUAUCUGCUUCGAGGGCUACACACUGGCCAAGGAUGGCAAGAGUUGCAAAAAGUCUGACUGUGGAGGUGGGGUCAUGGACUUGGUGUUUGUGAUUGACGGCUCCAAGAGCCUGGGUACGGCCAACUUUGACCGGGUGAAGAAGUGGGUCAGUGGCAUCGUGGAGACUCUGGCUGUGUCCAAACGUGGCACUCAGGUGGGCCUAAUCCAGUACUCCACGAAGGUGCGCACAGAGUUCACCUUGGCCCAGCACCACAGCGCCCAGGCCAUCCAGCAGGCCGUGGCCAGCAUGCAGUACAUGGGCCGAGGAUCCAUGACGGGCUCGGCGCUCAGGCACAUGUUCGAGCGCAGCUUCUCUGCAGCACAGGGUGGCCGCCACGGAGUUCCACGUGCCUGUGUCGUUUUCACCGACGGCCGCUCUCAGGACGAUGUGUCUGGGUGGGCCACCAAAGCCAAGCAAGCUGGUGUUACGAUGUAUGCUGUGGGUGUGGGUAAGGCCAUAGAGGACGAGCUCAGAGAGAUCGCAUCUGAGCCAGACGACAAGCAUCUCUACUAUGCUGAGGACUUCAACCACAUGGGAGACAUCACCGACAAACUUCAGGCUGAGAUUUGUCACGGUAAACCAGCUCCCACUGACCAGUGCGAGUGCAAGAGUUUGGUAGCCUUCCAGAAUCAGGCCUCAGAGCAAAUCAGGAAGUUGAACCAGAAACUGGAAGCUAUGACAAAGAAGAUCGAGAGCCUGGAGAACCACAGAAAGACCAAGUGAGAAAGAAACCUGUGUACUAUGAAGGCCUUUACUUAACUUUUGUUCAGUAUGUGGGGUGGAGGAGAUACUGAAGGGAUCUAUAACAAACAGUUGUAUUUAAGAUAUGUCAAAUGUACUACACUGAAUGAUGGCCUAUUUUGUAUUUUUAUAUUUAAACUAAAAAGAUAUUUAUAUUAUAUUGUCUUAUAUACUGUUCCACAGCCAAGAACCAUUACAUCUGUUGCUAAAAUACAACUAGUAAAGAGAAUGCUCCUUAAAGCUAUUUUCAACAUCAUUAAUCACAUCACUGCCUUAGGUUAGUGUAUGUUGCAUACUGGAUGACAAUUGCUAAAUCCGCACAACUUGAUUAUUUGACAGUGUAUGAAUAAACCAUUGAUCUUGUAACCAUUACAAUAACCAACUUCACACUUGUCUCAUUAAGCUCAGCCUAAUCAAUCUGGCAAAUUUGACCAGAUAUGACUCAAUUCUCAUAUCAGAAUAUGUGAACUUACAAAAUUAAAGAUAUUUUUAAAUUACCCAUGUUGUAAUUGAAUCUCUCCCACACUACAGGUACGUCACUGACUGCUAUCAUGUUUACAUAUGGAAAAAAAUUAUAUAGUCAUAACAUACUGAUGUUAGACAGGUUAGUUUUACCCUACUGAUGAUGUGUUGUUGCAAUGGUAAUCCUGCUCAGUAUGAGAGGAACUGCA